UUUAAAAUACUUGUCGCGUUGCCAGUCAGUCGGGUCAGUCAGUGGUUCAUGGUUAUACGACGCACGUGAUAACGAUAUAUAUUAAUAGUAUUAGUAUUAUUUACCUGCAUUUUUUUACAUUAUAAUUGCCCUGAAAGUUCAUGCAAGCGAUAAAGCUUGUAGAUAAUUUUUCCACUUGCACCUUGAAAUCAGUAAGUCUUCAAAACGUAUAUCGUAGAGAUGGGUACAUUGGAAUUAAAACAGACUUUGACUGGACAUAGGGGGAGAGUGUGGAAUGUUUGCUGGCAUCCAAAAGGCACGUACCUAGCGUCUUGCGGCGAAGAUAAGACAAUUAUAAUAUGGGGAUCACAAGAUACUAAAUGGGCUGUGAAAACUAUUUUAACCGAAGGCCAUACUAGAACCAUAAGAGAGAUCGCGUGGUCUCCUUGUGGAAAUUAUAUAGCUUCUGCUAGCUUCGAUGCUACUACUGCUGUAUGGGAUAAAAAGUCGGGGCAGUUUGAAUGUAAUGCAACUUUGGAAGGGCAUGAGAAUGAAGUGAAAAGUGUUAGUUGGGCUUGUAGUGGACAGUUGUUGGCUACUUGCAGUAGAGAUAAAUCUGUUUGGAUAUGGGAAGUAAACGACGACGAAUACGAAUGUGCUGCUGUUAUUAAUGCCCACACUCAAGAUGUAAAAAAGGUAAGGUGGCAUCCCAAUGAAGAAAUUGUAGCAUCUGCCAGUUAUGACAAUACUGUGAAGAUAUUCAAAGAGGAUGCUGCAGACAAUGAUUGGUCUUGCAUGGCAACGUUGUCAUCUCACACAUCGACAGUUUGGAGUCUUGCGUGGGAUAAAUCGGGCAACAGAAUUGCUACCUGUAGCGACGAUCAAACAGUGAAGAUAUGGCAAGAGUACAAGCCCGGUAAUGAGCCAGGAAUCGUUACAACGAAUAACGAAUCUGUAUGGAAGUGCGUGUGCACGAUAUCUGGUUAUCAUACAAGGACGAUAUACGACAUAGACUGGUGUAAAACAACGGGUUUAUUAGUGACUGCAUGCGGUGACGACAUUAUUAGGAUAUUUAAAGAAGACGGCGACUGUGAUCCUCAUCAGCCAACGUUUACAAUGGUCUGUUCAAUGGACACUGCUCAUAGUCAAGAUGUAAAUACUGUGCAAUGGAAUCCAACUGUUCCUGGCCAGCUUGCUUCGGCCAGCGACGACGGCUCAGUGAAAAUUUGGUUUUAUAACGAAUGAUAGUUUUCUAUGUAGCUGUAUUUUUUAUUAAUAAAUUUUAUUUAAAAGA